AUGGCGACUCCACUAAACUUUCAAAGAGGUCAGAUCCCUACAAGGCCACCUCUUUUUGAUGGUCCUUAUAUGCCAACUAUGGAAGUAAAAGAUGGAGAUGUCACAAGAGUCGUUCCCAAAACUCGACAGCAAUACAAUGACUCAAACAGAAGAAAAUUUGAGAAAAAUCACAAAGCCAGGAAGCUAUUGAUGUGUGGCAUUGGAGUAAAUGAAUAUGAUCUGAUUUCGUCUUGUGAAUUAGCCAAGCUAAUUUGGGAUCGGUUGAGAGAAGUGUACGAAGGUACUGAGGAAACAAUGAAAUCUAAGCUAGAUCUCUUCACUACUCAAUUUGAAAGUUUCACAAUAAAAGAAGUUGAAUCUAUUCAUGAAAUGCGUACUAGAUUCUCCACCAUUACAAAUGAGCUUAUGUUCCUGGAAGAACAUGUCCUUGCAUGCAAGCAAGUCUCUACGAUACUGGAAAUUCUUCCCAGACCUUGGACAAAUGAAUUUGUGAUUGGCGAUGAGACAAGGGACGCUGAAGUAGUAAUGUUUGAUGCAUUAUUUGAACAUCUUAAAGUUCAUUGGAAAUUCUUCCUCUCUCUCAAGGCACUUUAA